CCUUUAGAAAUUUAAUAAAUGCUUUAUUGAUCUUGUGUGUAUUCACUCUUAGUGCUUCCACACCAUGUUUCCUUAAUUCUUGUUUUAAUUUUUCUCCACUCAGCCUGUAGUUAUGAUGCUCACACCACACUCACAUCUCCCUGUUGGAUGUUUACCUCUGGUUCUGCUUUCAGAAAUUUUACCAAAAUGAACUAAAAUCAGUUCGGAAAAAUAAAACACCAAUUAUUUUUUUUAAUAUUUGCUGAAAAUCUGCGGAAAUGUAGAUUUCAAGGCUUUUAUUUUGAAAGUGCGGCAUUUCAUAGCAUAACUUCCGUUCAUUUUAUGUAAAUAGUAAAGAUGGCGGCUUCUUGUGUACUCCGAACCAUCCUCAGCCGAACUCUGAGCCGGUCCAGAUGUUCUGGAGGGGUCAGGUGGCCUUUGACCUCUGCUCGGGUUGUUUCUGAGGCGGGACGCCGCGCAGCAUGCUGGGAGGCACAAAGCAGACGUCAAGACGGCACAAAACACCACCGAAGAAGAGGAGGAGGUUUGUGGGCGGUAGUCGCGUUCUCCCUGUUCAGCGCCACCGAUGAAGACCAGAGGGACGAAGCUCAGAGGAAGGAGGACGACAUCAUUCUGUUGCUGAAGAAAGCCAAGCUCAGCGUGCAUCGAGGAAAUCUGCAGGCGGCUUCGUCCUUCUUCCACCAGGCGGUCGCUCUCGCUCAGCAGACCCACAACAACCAGGCCAUCAUCUACACCUACAGCCAGAUGGCGAACCUGGCCUACAUUCAAGGUCAGCUGGACAGCGCAGAGAAGCUGUUCAAAGCAGCCAUGAGCUACAUGCUGGCAGGAGGAACUCCAGAGGACGACAACGCCGUCAUUGAGAUGUCUCUGAAGCUGGCUACCAUUUACGCUGAGCAGAACAGGGCGGAGCUGGCCGAACACGGUUUCAGGUUCUGUGUGGAAUCACUGGAGGCUAAACUGGAGAAGUACAAGAAGCAACCAGAAGACGAGAAGACAGAGGGGACAGAGGAGCAGGAAGCUCUGAGGAAAGACACUCACCUUCUGCUGGGUUUGUGUUUGGACUCGCGAGCGCGGUACCGAGUCUCAAGGAUGGAUCUGGACCUGGCUGGACACGACUACAGGAAAGCUCUGGACAUCUGCCGCCAGGAGCAGGGACAGGAUCACCCACAGACACUGGUCCUGAUGAGCGACUUGGCCACCAUCUUGGACCUGCAGGGUCGUCAUGACGACGCAUUGGUUCUGAUCCAGCAGGCGGUGGACCUCAGCGUCUCCGAGGAAAAUCCGGAUCACCACGUUCUGCUGGAGAACCUGGCGGGGAUCCUGCUGCACACAGGCCGGCUGGGUGACUCUGCCCGGUUCUAUCAGGAGGCACUGGACCGGGCCCAGCAGGCUGGAGACCGGGCCGCACUGGAGCGGAUCCAGGACGGGCUGGAGGAGCUGAGGAAGAGGAGGAGCCAGGCGACGAAGGAAGAGCAGGACUGACCUGGUUCUGAUGACCCGUCCUGGGUCCUACAUGUGUCCCAUUGUUGUUUCCCAUCAUUUCUCCAGAACCUCCAGAACUUUUGACCCAUUAUGUGGUUCUGUAACGGAGCGGAUGCAGCUCUGUGUUUUUAGUGUGUAGCAGUGUGUGUGUGUGUGUGUGUGUGUAUGUGCAGAUUCCCACAGGUGAGUCGCCCUGCUGUGUUUACUGAGUGCGUCUCCGUGACGACAGUGAGCAGGAGGGGGCGGGGCUAAGAACAGCUGUGUGUUGUGACAACAUGAGUUUAAAUAAAUGAUGUUUGGUGUUUU